AUGGGCGCGGGUGGCCAGAUGCCCCGGCGGGCGGGCGGGCGGGGGGCCUUGCUGCUGCGCUCCAGCGAGGUGCCGGCCAGCGUGACGGAGAGCUUCAUCCUGAGCGGCUACCGCUGCCCGGGCUACACCUUUGCCCAGUGCCUGCUCUCGGCCUUCCGGCCCACCAACGAGACGGGCAACUUCUGGACCCACUUCCUGGCCGUCUUCGUCUUCGCCUUCCGCUUCCUGGAGCAGUUCUGGGGCGAGGCCCCCGGCCCCCGGGAGCUGCUGGACCCUUUCUACUACCCGCUCUGGAACUACUUCCUGGGGGUCUGCGGCCUCCUGGUCGCCAGCAGCAUGGCGCACCUCUUCAACUCCAUGUCGCUGCCCAUCCGGGAGAUCUGCUUCUACGUCGACUACGGGACCAUCAGCGCCUACACCGUGGGCUCCUCCUUGGCCUACUUCUACUACAUCCAUCCGCGAGGAGCCCCGGGAGCACCGGCUCCCGGCGCCACCAACCUCUCCUCCGGCCCCGGGCCGGGCGGGGAGGGCGUCGACCGGCUGUCUGCGCCGGAGGGCCGGGUGGGCGCCUGGUUCGAGGCCUUGUACGUGCCCACGGCUUGCCUCAUCGCCCUCUUCUGCACGCUGGCCUGCUGCAGCACCCGUCACCAGUGGCCCCGGUACCGCUACCUGAUCCGCACGCUGGUCUUCUUGCUGCCCUUCGUGGUGGUCUCCGCCCCCGUCUUCCACAAGCUGUGGCGGGCUGGCGGGGGCCCAGGGACCGGCCGCUUCUUCCUUCGGCACUGCUUCUGGCUGCUGGCCUCGGGGGUCUUCAACGUCAGCAAGAUCCCCGAGCGCUUCAGCCCGGGGAAGUUCGACAUCUGGGGCCACAGCCACCAGUGGUUCCACUGCUGCACCUUCAUGAGCAUCCUGGACGAGCUGCACAUGAUUCGAGGGGAGAUCCAGGAGCUGGGCACGGGGGGCCCCCCGCCGCUGCCCAGGGCACCCACCUUCCUCUCCACCUUUGGAGUGAUGCUGCUGCUGCUCCUGCUGCUGGCCGGCAUCGUGGGCUGGUUCGGGGCCAGAGCCUACGCCAGCCAGCAGCAAGACAAGCCCAGGAAAGGGGACUGA